AUGUCAUUUUUUAAACAGUUAUUUGGUUUAUCAUCUGCACCUGCAGAAGACAAUAUUCGAGUUAUAAUAACUCGUCAUGGUGAACGUGCUGAUUUAGCAUUAGGACCGAGAUGGUUAAGUAGAGUAAGACGGAAUGGUGCUCAUCAUUCUGGAGUAUCAUAUUUAACACCUAGAUCAGAUUUACAGGAAUGGACUUUUGAUCCACCAUUAACGAUUGAUGGUGAACGUCAAAGUUCGGCAACUGGCCGAAAAUUAUUACAACUUGGCUAUCCAAUCGAUUAUUGUUAUGCAUCACCAGCUUAUCGAUCGAUACAAACAGCUAAUAAAAUUCUAGAAAGUCAAGGACGACGAGGUGUUCAAAUUAAUAUCGAACCUGGCCUAUUCGAAUGUCCAUUAUGGUAUGCUUCGGCAUCUCUUUCUUUCGUACCACCUGCUGACUUAGCAAUGGAUAGAUAUUUCAAUGUAAAUCCAUAUUAUACACCAAUAUAUGAUGAAGUUGAUCCAGAAGAAAAUGAAUCAAAUUAUUAUGAACGUUCACGUCUUCUUAUUGAUUCAAUUAUUAAGACACAUAAAAAUCAAGGUGGAACUAUUUUACUCUCUGGACAUGCCGGUUCAAUUGAAGCAUUAACACGUGGUAUGCUUCGUCGGCGUGCACGACCUGAACGUCUUAUGUAUGAAGCUGAAAAAGUCAACUAUUGUAAUUUUGCUAUACUUGAACGUGAUGCUCGUACACGUCGAUGGGUUGUCCACUCACCUCCACAAUCAAAUGAAGACUACUAUAUUGGGCAAAGUCGUAUUCGUAGUACAAUACCACUUUAUAGUGCAACUUCACAAUAUAUAGUAACAAAUUAUUCAAAUAGAUCAUCGCUAUCUUUAAAGCAUCAUUUUCAUGGAAACAAAUCAUUUACCCAUUACCCAUAUAAAUAA